AGGAGGAGCUGGCGUCCGGAGGAAACGCGAGCCCGCCAGGUGGGGAAAGGACGCCAGCCCGGCACACCUCCGGGCAGGCGGGGCACGGCUCCCGGUGACCCGCAGGGGCGGAGCCGGCCCAGAUCACCUGGGCCGAGGCGGAACUGAGGGGUCUGGUCCCUGCGCGAAGAUCCUGGAACUAAGACUCACCUGGGCGGGGGCCAGAGGUGGGGCCGGGGCAAAAACUCACCUGAGGCGGCUGAAAUCUGUCCCGGGAGGGGUCCCCGGGCUCGCCCCGCGCAGAGGGACCUGAGCGACUCUCCGUCGUCGGUGCGCCCGUCCCGGCGCGGCCGCCAUGACCUGGAGCGCCACGGUCCGGGGCGCGCACCAGCCCGACAACACCGCGUUCACGCAGCAGCGCCUCCCCGCCUGGCAGCCGCUGCUGUCAGCCGGCAUCACGCUGCCGCUCUUCUUCUGCGUGGGCCUGGCCUUCACCGGCCUCGGCCUGGGCCUCUUCUACUCCUCCAACGGCAUCAAGGAGAUCGAGUACGACUACACCGGCAGCCCGGGCACCGGCAACUGCUCGGUGUGCGCCGCGGUCGAGGAGGGCCGCGCGUCGCCGCCCAGCUGCUCGUGCGCCUGGUACUUCUCGCUGCCCGAGCUCUUCCAGGGCCCCGUGUACCUCUACUACGAGCUGACCAACUUCUACCAGAACAACCGGCGCUACGGCGUGUCCCGCGACGAUGCGCAGCUGAGCGGGCUGCCGAGCGCGCUGCGCCACCCGGCCAACGAGUGCGCCCCCUACCAGCGCAACGCGGCCGGCCUGCCCAUCGCGCCCUGCGGCGCCAUCGCCAACAGCCUCUUCAACGACUCCUUCUCGCUGUGGCACCAGCGCCGGGCUGGCGGGCCCUACAUCGAGGUGCCGCUCGACCGCACCGGCAUCGCCUGGUGGACCGACUACCACGUCAAGUUCCGCAACCCUCCGCCAGUGAACGGCAGCCUGGCGCUGGCCUUCCACGGCACCGCGCCCCCGCCCAACUGGCACCGGCCGGUCUACGAGCUCAGCCCAGACCCCAACAACACCGGCUUCGUCAACCAGGACUUCGUGGUGUGGAUGCGCACGGCGGCGCUGCCCACCUUCCGCAAGCUGUACGCGCGCAUCCGCUAUGGCAACUACUCGGCCGGCCUGCCGCGGGGCGCCUACCGCGUCAACAUCACCUACAACUACCCGGUGCGUGCCUUCGGCGGCCACAAAAGCAUCAUUUUAAGCAGCAUCUCGUGGAUGGGCGGCAAGAACCCCUUCCUGGGCAUCGCCUACCUGGUCGUCGGCUCCCUUUGCAUCCUCACGGGCUUUGUCAUGUUGGUCGUCUACAUUCGCUACCAGGACCAGAACGACGAGGACGAGGACGAGGAGUGACUCCUGCUUUCAAAGCACCAUUCUUGCCGCUUGCAGAAACUCUCCUGCAAGCUGCUUUUUUGUCUUCUCCCUUUUGCCCCUCAUCCAGUUCCAGCCUCGCCUCACUUUUCCUCCCCUUCUGGAUGAGACCAGAGAGAGGAAUUACACCCAGUUGGGGUCUACCAGACUCUCGCUGGGGUGUUUGCAGAGUGAAACAUCCUUGCAAAUUUUCUUCCAUCCCCUUUACGAUUUACCAAGUUGAUGUGAGGUUUUGAAAGUAGCAUUUGAGAGCAAAAGGGAGGUAGAGACUCUUAUUCAAAACUAUCUGAUGAAGAGACUGAGACCUAGAGAUGUUGAAUGACUUUCAAGAUCAGGCGGCUACUCAUUGGUCCCUGACUCUGACUUCAGAGCUUUUACCACUAUAGUAUGGUGGUUCCCUUUUCUUUUUGGGGAUAGUGGGUUGGGGCAAAGACUGAAGCCCACAGAUAACCCAUACAAAGGCAUGGAGGGAUAGGGGAGAACAUACUUGUUAAAGGUGUGAAUAGAUUAGGAGGCACCAUACCCUAGAGAUUCUGACACAGUAAGACUGGGGUGAGACCCCUUAAGCUGUGUUUAACAAGCCCUUCUGGAGGUUUCUCCUGUAUUCCCUUAAAUUUGAGAAUCACUGCCCUGAACCAGGGAGUAAUCAGAAUACUGAAACUGUUUCCUAUGUCCGAGGUUGGGCCUGAAGCAGUCAUAUGAGUCCAGCUUUUCAGGCAGAUAUUUGUUCCCAGGGACAGUACCAAUCAUAAUGUUGCAGGUUUGGUCCAGCAGUUUGCCUUGAACAUAGGAAACUUUCCAUAAUGUGGAAUGAAUGAAUAAAACCUUGCUAUUUCUAGAAAACUAGCUGGCAUAUGUAUUUGCAGGGCACAGUUUGUAUCAGUUCGUUUAAUACUCCAGGAUAAGAGGGAAAAAAAACAGGUUGCCAGGUACUGUGUAGAAACUUGAAAAUGUCAGGUCAGUUUGUACAGCUCAGAGGGAAAGUUUUGGCCUUACAGUCAGAUAGCUAGAAGGGAUCUUAGAGGGAAAGUGAUUUCCCCAAAGUCCUAUCUGUGUCUCCUGACUGCUGACUCCAUCCUUUUUGUCAUCUAAAUUAUUUUUUAUGCUUAGAGAGAAAAAGGCUUCCUUCAUUCCUACCUUUUCCCUCAGGUCUAAGAAAAAACUUUUAAAUAUAUGUUCUCAAAUGACGCAUAUUUGUUUCAAAUGAACACUAAGGAAUAUAGUCAUAUGUAAACUAGAAUUUUAAGUAUUAUUUGAACUUUUGAGAUAAUGUUAAACUCUUACUACCCUAAAAUCAUCCUAAUAUGUGUAAAAUUAUUCUAAGAAACAAUUUUUUAAAAAUUUGAAAAUUUUGGUGGGAGAAGUAGGUUAGAGUAAAAAGUGAAGCCCAAGAUAACCCGUAUAAAGGCAUGGAGGGAUAGGGGAGAACAUGCUUGUCAAAGGUGUAAAUCCGUUAGGAGGCACCAUCCCAAGAGAUUCUUACACAGUAAGACGUCCUUUCAUGGCAAAAGAACUUAAAAAGAAAAAAACCUUUAGUGAUAUCACUUAACCAGUUUAUUUGCUCAAAGCAAACAGCUGUUCGGUAUUGUCAGAAUUGUCCAGUGCUUGCUCCUAUUACAGCUACUUUCCAGUUACUACUGUUUUUGCUGGUGCCAGUAAGGCAGUGAAAGACCUUUAAGUAUGUUUUUUUAGUAGUCAAAGAAAUAUUGAAAUGUAUUGAAUAAUCAACAUUUUACUUUAGUGCUUUGGAAAUGAAUAAUCAACAGACAGCAUGCAUUUUUACUGACAUCUGUCUCAGUUCUUCUGGAACAAUUGUGAUUUAACAGUUAUGUGUCCCACUAUUUAAGUAAACCAAAAAAAGUUAGUCAUUCCAGUGUGUUGGCUUCCUCACUCCUGGAUGUGACACAAUUGUACUGUCAGUUAACAUACUGUGAUUUUAGGCAAUGAAAAUAUUAUAUGUGUGUAGAGUAAUUUUUAUUUAUUAAGAGUGUUUAAUCAGGCAGUUUACUAGCCUAGCCCUUCUUUGUGUUGGAUAAGGGGAUUUACCACAUUUUUUUUACCAUGUAGUUGAAAGCAACUACGUGUUUUGCUAUCAUUUUUAUAAUAUUCAGUCCAGUGUUAUAAAAUUUAAGGUAUUCUGAUUAAAUCAAUGGAUAUGGUUCCAACUCUAUUCUCCGGGUUUUUGAAAGAGAAUAAAGGUUAUGUUUGUCUUAA